AAGACUACCCAAUCCAUGGCGGUUUCUUCCACCGCAAGAUUAUGGCGGAUAAAAAACCCUAGUUAUCCCCCUCCAGUACUCGUACGCGCAUGCUCCUCUCCUACACUCUCUCGUCCCUUCGCUGCCACCAUCUCCUCCUCUUCAUUCCCGUCUCCACCGCCUCCCGCCUCGUAUCUCGAUCGCCGAUGGCGUCGCCGAAAGUGGUGGCGGAGUACGCCAAGUCUGGCCGGUCCACCUGCAAGGGAUGCAGCAAGGCGAUCUCGGUCGGGGCGCUGCGGCUGGGGUCCUCCUCGAAAGACCCUCGUGGGUUCGAUCUCGUCAAGUGGUUCCACGUCGACUGCUUCCCGGACGCGUCCCGCUCCCUCCCCGCCGCCGACGAGAUCGUCGGGUUCUCUUCUCUCAAGGACCAAGACAAGGAUGCUUUGAGAGAACUAGAGGCUUCUGCCGCACUCGACCAUAACUCCGAAGAGGUACAUAAAAGAGGUGUUGAAUCAUCUGCGAAGAAGGAAGCAAAGAGUUCAAAGAAACAAAAGGUCUCUCUUACGGAUAAAACUGGGAAUGAAGAUAGGAAGCCAGAGGAGGAAAAGUUGUCUGCCAAUGACAAAAACAAUUGCCAGAUGAUAGAGUUUGAUAUUUCUGAUACCAAAGAUAAGUACAAGAAUGCUACCCUUCCAUUAAAAUGGAAAGCCUUCAGGACUGUUAUUUUCCGCGAGAAGGAGGAUGGGCUUUAUGAUUCACAAAAGAUUGCUGCAUUUGAUUUUGACGGUUGCCUUGCGAAUACAUCAGUGAGAAGAGUUGGUCCUGAUGCUUGGUCUCUCAUGUAUCCAUCAAUUCCAGAGAAACUGCAAGGGCUAUACAAGGAAGGCUACAAGCUGGUUAUUUUUACCAAUGAAUCAAACAUUGAACGUUGGAAGAACAAACAACAACAAGCAGUUGAUUCCAAAAUAGGACGACUUGAAAACUUCAUAAAGUGUGUAAAUGUUCCAGUUCAGGUAUUUAUUGCUUGUGGACUAGGGAAGAGCAAGGAUCAGACACCUGAUGAUCUGUUUAGAAAACCACAGCCCGGAAUGUGGACAUUGAUGGAGAAAUACUUGAAUUCUGGAAUUGAAGUUGACAUGGACCAAUCCUUUUAUGUUGGUGAUGCAGCAGGGAGAACUAAUGAUCACAGUGAUGCAGAUAUACAAUUUGCCAAGGCUGUCGGGUUGAAGUUUCAUGUUCCCGAGGAAUUCUUUCAUGCAUAGCGACAUCCCUGCAGCUAUGCUUCUCAACUUUUGUAUAUUUUACUCUUAGUUAGUAAUUGGUAUUUUGGUAUGCUGUACGUUGACGGUAUCUAAAUGCGCCGCUGUGCAUUGUCUAACUUCUGACGACAGUAAUGGAAGUCGAUGCUCGCAGUUGCCUCACCAUCACCAUGUUGUGCCCCUUCAGCAGUCUGAAAUUCUUAAAAGGUUUCGUUGCAGUUUUGACCUCGCCUCAUUUGUGUAUGUUACUUUUGUUUGACAUGCUUUCCAUCCAGUGAAGAAAGCCUGAUCACACGGCACAACGUAUUGCUCGAAAUGUAGACGCGUGAUUCUUAAUGGGAUAAAUCAGAGUUAUUACA